CACAAUGCGGAAAGUCGGGAUUUUCCAAUCUGGCAACGCCGUAAUUGGCCAUUUUAGAUUUCAUUAAUUUUUCCCUGUGUAAAUUACCAUAAGGAAUCGGGGUACCUUUAGUUUAAAUUAAUUUUUAAAUUAUUGGUGUCUUACAGCCAAUUUAUUUUUCAUCGAUCGUGUUCCCCGAUUAAUGGGUUGUUUUGAUUGUGGAAUGACAAAAUUGGUGACAUGUUGUGUUGUAGGCCGGGGAAACAGAUACAAUGUUCGUGUAAAGGAUAUAAGUUUCUUUCACUACCCAAAAGUGAAGGUUAGUGGACAUCCCGAACAUGUUGUUUCAAAAAGGAGGAGACUAGAAUGGCUGAAAAGAACAAAUUUGAGAGAAAAAGAUGUAACACAAUAUAGCAGAGUAUGCAGUGAACAUUUCGUUUCUGGUAAACCAAGUUACAGAUGGUUGACACCAGAUGUUGAUUGGGCACCAUCACUUAAUCUUGAGAAAAAUUCAAUUGGUCUGGCUAGUGUUGAAAGAACCAAUCGCUCCAUAAGAAGACACAAUGCUAGAAUAUGUCCAACGAUGACAGAGGAUGAGACAGACAUUCAACAAGUUUCAGUUACGACUGUCAGUGAAGAUACAGCUGUAAUUGAGGGUGAAAUGCAGAACACAAGCGGUGAACUAAUUUAUGAUUUGACCAAUUACCAUAAUCUAUCUACCAACACUCCAGAUCUUGCAUUCGAAAACCAGUCAUUGGUUCUUCGAGUAAAAGAAUUGGAACAUGAAAAACAAUUACUAGUUGAAGCAGUGUCACGUCUUCAGGAGGAAAUCGACAAAAAGAUAUGUGAGUUUUCAAACAAAAGUAACGAUAACGAAUCACAUGAAGUAGUUAACGCAUCGUUCGAUUUUGGAACUCAAUGUUUAAGAAACCGCAGUUAGAUAACAUUUUAUACUAGAUUGACCCCAAAUACUUUUGAGGCAAUAUUUCAGUCACUCUUGCCGAUUAAAUGUAACAAUAACGACAAGACAGCAAUGCAUAAACAAUUACUUAUUACUGUAAUGAAGUUAGCUCAUAAUUUUCCUGAACAAUAUCUUGCUUUCAGAUUUAAAAUAAGUACGGCUACAGUUUCAAGAAUUAUUCGAACUUGGAUUUCUAUUAUUCAUAAUCGUCUUUUUCUCCGAGUAGUGAAAUGUCCUGACAGAGAUUCUAUUGAGGAUUCAAUGCCAAUGUGCUUUCGUCAAAAUUAUCCAGAUACAGUAGAAAUUAUUGAUUGCUUUGAAACUCAAAUUCAAAAACCUGAUUCCCUAGUCGACCAAGUAGGUACUCAUUCCUCGUACAAAAGUAGAAAUACUGCAAAAUAUCUUAUUGCCGUAACUCCACAAGGGACAAUAUCAUAUAUUUCUAAUGUUUUUUCCUGGACGAAAAAGUGAUAAAUACGUAGUAAUUCAAAGUGGAUAUUUAAAGCAUAUUUUGCCAGGUGAUGUUAUUUUGGCUGAUAGAGGAUUUUUAGUAGAAGAAUAGAUUUCAUCAAGGGGUGCAAAGUUUAUAACUCCUUCUUUUAUGAAUAACAAAACUAAUAACUUUAUAAUAACAAAGUUGAGCAACACCUCUUCAGAGAGGACGAGAAGAAUAGCAAGUGUAAGAAUCCACGUUGAGAGAAUCAUUGGUGUUUUAAGAACUAGAUUCAAGAUUCUGAAUGGUCCCAUUUGUAUGAAAUUCUUUUUUAAAUAUGAUGACACUGUUCCGCUAUACGAUAAAAUUGUUCGUGUUUGUUGUGUUCUUAAUAAUUGGUGUCCUAGCGUUGUUCCUUCAGACUAAAUGAAAUACAAUUUGUAAUUUUACUUAAGUAUUCUUUAUUGUGAGUGGCUUUCGUUUAGCAAUUUUAACGCAGUUAUCACAUUUCCAAAUGUUUUCUGUUUUACCUGGAACUUAAACACAAGACACAUGAAACAUUUUUAUAAUACAACCAUCAUUAGCGCAGCGUAUCAUUUAUUCACGGUUCGACUUUGUUCCAUCACAGAUACAGGGAUAUAAGGUACUUGUUUGUUGCUUUCGGUUUUCCUUAUCGAUUUUGAAAAUCACAAAAGGGUGACAUUGACUAGUGGCCUUACAAAUUUCUAAAUCUAUAUCAACUACUGCGUUAUUUUUAUCAUUGCGAAAACGAGUUACGGUAAAAUACUUCGACAAUAAUUCCGGUAGUAUGAUUUCUCUUAUGAAAACUUGACAUUUCGGUACCAUGUACUUUGUAAUGAAUGACUCGUUUCUAAAAACGGGAAUGCAUACGAAGU